AUGGAUAAAUUAAAAAAGGCAAAGCGUAUCAAAAGACAAACGAGAAAAACUAUCGCUGGGAUCAAACUACCGCCGAUUGAACCCGUUGAAGGUAUUAAAACGAUUGUAGAUGUAGACCCUGCUUACUAUUCUUUGGUCGAAGGACGGCCUUUAAAACAGAAUAAAUCAAUUCACGAGUACAAAAAACAUAUUAAAAGUUUGGCAUUAAACAGAACUCUUCACGGGUUCCUAGUUGAUGAAAUUCUACGAAUUGACAGAGAAAUCGAAACAGAGCGCAACAUUUAUGAAACAGCUUACAAGCAUUUCGAAGAAUACCAGAAUAGUUUUGAUAAAUUCCUUGCAGACGACAAUAAUAAAACGAUUGCUAUAAUGCAGAAGUCGGAUGCACUAGCAAAAGAAUUGGCUAAUCAAACUGAGAAUCAUAAGAAAGCUAACUAUGAUAUGUCCUCGCUUAAGUCUAAAUUACAGUACAUUGAUGAAACUUUAAUGAUUCUGUUAUCAUUUCAAAAUUUCCUCUACAAAGCUUCCCCGAUUUUGUGGCAAAAUAACAAUAAUAUAAGGUUAGAUGAGGAUCAUUCUGAAAUCUUUGUGAUGGAUUCAGAUGUUUUCGUGAAAAUUGAUGAAGAUGCUAUUAAGAAGAAACUGAAUGACUUGCCGAUGCCUCUGCUUUACUUUGAAACUCCAAAACAAUUAUUAACAAUUUUUGAUUUAUUAGAAAAACAGAACUUGAACUAUUUGCUACUGACUACAGAAUUUAAUUCAGAGAAAAACAAAUUUUUGAAAGCUCUCGAUGUUUUCAAAAUAAUUUUACGCCAAGAACUAGAUUUCAUUAAGGAAAAGCUUAUAGCACCAAACGAAACGAAAUUUGCUUCUUUAGACAUGGCUUUAGCCUUAGAGCGGGAAUACGAUAACCUUACUUUAAAUAUUUCUGCAUAUGAUCUAAAUAUGAUAAAGCAAAUUGAAAAGGAAACAUACGAACAUGGUCAUGUAGAAAUAAAGCGAGCUAAGGAAGCUUUUAAAUUGUUGAAGGAUGUCGAUAAACUUUCAAAGCGUUUGAAAUCGUCCUAUGAACCGACAAGAAGAAAAAUCUACGAGUAA